GAGAUGGCUCUACCACAUAUGCAACGUUUUAGCAGACCUCCAGCCACGAAAGAUCAGAAUUACUAUGUAAAAGUUGCUAAUGACACUUCAAAGCAACGCCAGUGGAACUCAGCACGUUGCAUGGAACGAAGUGUUGAUGCCUACCGAGAAUCCUACACGGCAGACACAAAAGGAGAGAAACUAGCAGAGAGGCGACGUACCUUGGCCGAAUUACUACAACAUGAAAAUAUGUUGUAUCAGUCGGAGUUAAGAAAUUCAAGAUUAAAUCCUGGAAUUAUGGGCGAUAUGUCAGACCGUGUCACAUAUCUCAGAGAACAGAAAGAAAUCCAAAGAAAAAAGAUUGCUGACGAGAAGAUGAAACAGCACCUCCGGCUAAACGCACCGGAACUAAGAAAUUUAAACUCUAACAUGUUGAAACAGGAGGUUCAACAGGGCUGGACAACGCAGCGGGCUCAGAAUUCACAGCGGCAAGAAGAGAAAAAGCAGGAAAAAUUGGAGGAGAUAAUGGAGGAGGAGAGGGCUAAGAUAAGAUAUCAGCUGGAACGGAAGGAGCAAGAGGAGGAGCGCAGAGCAGACGCCGCCCAGCAGGCAGGAGCUCUUAGAGAACAGAUGGAAAAACUUAAACUCAGGGAAAAAGAGAGUGCAAUUCUAAAAGCGCAAGAAGAAGACCUGUACCUUCAACAAGAUGAAUUAGCUGCUGCGGAAAAAAUGCGACGUGACAUGGAACAGAAACGAGAAAAGAUACAAUUCGGGCGUCUGCUAAAGGCACAAGCGCUGGCUGCUCUUCGGAGAAGGUCGAGGCAGAUCCAGGAGGAAUUGGAACUGGAUUUGAAGAUAUUACGAAAUUUGGCGGAUAAAGAAACAGAAGUCCAGGACGUUAUGACUGCUCGGAGAGAAAAAGCUAAAGCGGACGCUAAGUGGAUGAAACAGGUGGUUGAAGAACAGUUGCAGCUGGAGAGGGCCCGAGAAGCAGAACUAGAGACACUUUACCGGGAGGAAGCUGCCAGACAGUGGGAGAAGAGGGAGAAUCAGUGGCAGAGGGAGGGUGCCGCCCGGGAGAGGUUAAUGAAGGAGGUACUCGAAGGUCGUGUAGACCAGCUCGCUCGGAAACAAGACGAAGUGAGAUCACGACAAGAUGAAGCACUGAGAGCGAGGGAGGAGCUGAUAGAUAACAUGGAACUGUUAGCCCAGGAAACGGGCAGACAGACUGAGAGGACAGCCAGACAGAGGGACGAGAGGAGACGAGAGAUUGAUCAUCAGAAUACGGAACGAAGGAGAGCGGAAGAAGACGAACGUCUUGCGGAGGAGGCACUGCGAGCGGAGGAGGGCCGCGCGGCAGAGGAGUACGCUCAAAUGAUACGGCAAGAAGCCAACACCAUGACAAAACGCGGCUACAUUCCCAGAGGCAAAAGAAACGCAUGGAUGUGAAGCGUCCCACAAGAACUCAUCAUCUUCAUAUCGCUAAUCAGUAUGUGGAGGAUAGUUUACGACAUGAUCGCUUGAAUGAUUUGAUAAAUGUGACAACGAAAUGGGGCGCCUAUUAUUUUCGUUAUUAUUAUGCUUUACGGUAUAUGUUUUGUUGUAUAUAUAACUAGAAAGAAAAACCAUUACUUAUUAUGUACAAAUGAUUUGCUGUAAAAUUUUAUAUUAGAUGUUUUCUUAAAUUAUACACAUACAGGUUACAGUUCCAUAUUUGAAUUUAUACAUCAAGACUUUUACUCAUGUUGAUUACUCUUGUUUCCAAAUAUUUAUGAAUCACAAAGUUAAACAUGAUAAAGCCUUGCAUUUUCAACAAGAUAUUUUCAGUGACGCUUUAUUAAAGAUUAUAUUAUCUAUGUCAUGCAUGUCCGGAAUUAUAUUUAUAAUAGUGUAUAAUAGCCACGUGUAUAUAAUUAUUUGAA